AUGCAUUGGAUCUUCGUUUACACGAAGCUGGCUCGAUAUGCGCUGUGGUUAACGGCCAACCUGAUCUUCAAAGUACUUCAAUGGAUGGUUUGGGAAUGCACUGGAGUGGCAUCUACUUUGAGACAGGCAACCAAAAAUCCAAGGAAUAAAAAAGCUGUACAGAAGCUGAGAGUUCGUAGCAAAUUCAAAUUUUGCGAGUAUUUAUUUCCCGCUUCCUUCUGGGACUUCCUUACGACCCACGAACGAUUUGAACCUCCGGAGUACGUUUUGCAAGACCACAUUACACUCUACUCUGUCACUCACGCUGAAGCAAUAUUUGUUGAAACCAAACCUGGCGUAAAAGUAUGGGACACCAAAGUAUAUCCGCCAUUUUUCAUGGCUGCUCAAUUUUUCAAUGUAGUAAAUGUUUUGAGAAUGCCAAUAGAUUGUUUGCAUAAGUUGGCCGAAAAAAUUGGGGAUCCUAUGGGAGAAUUGAUAUUGCUAGCUAACUGUGCUAGAUGCGGAUCAACCCUGUUAACUCAAAUGUUUCAUUUUAAUGAAAAAAUUAUAUCAUUCAGUGAACCGAACUGUUUGAAUUUUCUCUCAAGAGCAGCUGAUUAUCUGGGCGUAGAAAAUGCCCAUAACGUUGAGUUCGAACGACUGACGAGGAACACUAUACGAAUUUUGUGCAAACGAACGCAGUCUGGCAAUGAAAUAGCUUAUGCCAUCAAAGUGUGCUCGCCGUGCUUAAUAGCUAUCCCUUUUAUAAACAAACUUUUUUCAAAUGCAAAAUCGAUGUUUCUCUAUCGAAAUCCCAUAAAAGUAUCCCAAUCCAUUUACCGCCUAUCUUGUAACGUCUAUUCAAUCGGAUUGAUAUUCCACGCUGGGAAAGGAUCAAGAAUGAGAAUGGGUAAAAUAAUGGGUUUCAUUGGACUGCCUGAAUCUUACUACAGACAUUGUUUGAACCACGACUUCGCCGUGGGAGUUGGUGUUUGGUACGCAAUAACUCGACAGUAUUUCGACUGCUUGAAAGAAUUUAAAAACUUUCCCGCUAUCAAAUAUGUAGACAUUGUUAAACAUCCAGCAAAAUCUCUUGAAAUAAUAUUCAAGCACUGCGGUUUACCAACAGACCUUAUACCGAAAGCAUUGGAAGCCUUAAAACACGAUUCUCAGAAAGGUACACCAGCGGCGUCUGACGUGUUGAACAAAUUCCCUCUACUAGUUUAUGAAGGCGAGGCUAAAAUUGAAUGCGAAAAUCUGGCAAAAAAUUUUGGGUUUCCAGAUCCAACUGAAGAAUAUAUAAUCGAGAACACGAUAACGAAAAUGUAG